UGAGCUGUUUGCUCUCUGGGGACAGAAGCUGGCGGUAGCCCUCAUGGUGCAGGCUGUUCAUAGAACUUGGAGCUGCUUCUGGGUCUCUUGCCACUUAGAGAAUGAAGAAGUCCUGGACGUGGACUUGGAGGGUGCCGGCAGAACUGCUGCUUCUCUGUGUUGCCCUGGGCUGUCUCUGCGUGCCUGGCUCCAGAAGUGAAAGGUCACAUUCCCUUGAGUCAACUGUGGUCAACAGGAGCCUUACUAAGAGCAGACAGAGCCGGAGUGUGGACGCCACCCCAGUGCCCAUUGAUUGUGAACUGUCAAGCUGGUCCUCGUGGACCACGUGUGACCCUUGCCAGAAGAAAAGGUACAGAUAUGCCUAUUUGCUGCGGCCCUCUCAGUUCAAUGGGGAACCAUGCAACUUCUCUGACAAGGAGGUGGAAGACUGUGCUACCAGCAGACCCUGCCGAAGCCAAGUGCGAUGUGAAGGCUUUGUGUGUGCACAGACAGGACGAUGUGUGAACCGCAGGCUUCUUUGCAAUGGGGACAAUGACUGUGGAGACCAGUCCGAUGAGGCCAACUGCAGGAAGAUUUAUAAAAAAUGUCACCACGAAAUGGAGCAAUAUUGGGCAAUUGGCAGCCUGGCCAGCGGGAUAAAUUUGUUCACCAACAGCCUGGAGGGACCGGUUCUGGAUCACAGGUAUUACGCUGGUGGAUGCAAUCCUCAUAACAUCUUGGACACGAGGUUUAGGAAACCAUACAACGUGGAAAGCUACACCCCACAGACCCGAGGCAAUUACAAAUUUGCGCUGGCAGAAUAUGAAUCCUACUCAGAUUUUGAACGUAAUGUCACGGAGAAAGCAUACAGCAAGUCUACUUUCAAUCUGGGUUUUAAAGUACCUAACAUAUUUGAAUUUGGCAUUAACACAGAAAGUGGGCAACUCAUGCAUUAUAUCAGCAGAACCAAACGCUUCUCUCACACGAAAAGCAAGUUUCUGCACGCGCGCUCUGCCCUUGAAGUAGCUCAUUACAAGCUGAAGCCUAGAAGCCUCAUGCUCCACUACGACUUCCUGCAGCGAGUGCAGCGGCUGCCGCUGGAGUACAGCUACGGGGAGUACAGAGACCUCUUCCGGGAUUUCGGGACCCACUACAUCACAGAGGCUGUGCUCGGGGGCAUUUAUGAAUACACACUUAUCAUGAACAAAGAGGCCAUGGAGAGAGCAGACUAUUCUCUGAAUGACGUUCAGGCCUGUGCCAAAAAUGAUUUUAAAAUUGGUGCUGCCCUUGAAGAGGUCUACGUCAGCCUUGGGGUGUCAAUGAGCAAAUGCCGCGGGAUCCUGAAUGAAAUAAAAGACCGAAACAAAAGGGACACCAUGGUGCAAGACUUGGUGGUCCUUGUUCGAGGUGGGGCAAGUGAGCACAUCACUGCCCUGGCAUACAGUGAUCUGCCAACAGCAGACCUGAUGCAGGAGUGGGGAGACGCCGUGCAGUACAACCCAGCCAUCGUCAAAAUCAAGGUGGAGCCUCUGUAUGAACUGGUGACAGCCACAGAUGUUGCCUAUUCUAGCACAGUGAAGCAGAACAUGAGGCAAGCACUGGAGGAGUUCCAGGGGGAAGUCAGCCCCUGCCGCUGUGCUCCCUGCCAAGGGAACGGAGUCCCUGUCCAGAAAGGAUCACGCUGUGACUGCAUCUGUCCUGUUGGAUUCCAGGGCUCAGCCUGUGAGAUCACCUCUCGGAAAAACGUCCCCAUCGAUGGGAAGUGGAGUUGCUGGUCUCGCUGGUCUUCAUGCUCUGGAGGACAGAAAACAAGACAGCGGCAGUGUAACAAUCCAGCUCCUCAAAACGGGGGGAGCCCCUGCUCUGGCCCUGCUUCAGAGACACUGGCCUGUUAGGGAAGCGAUUGCUUCUAGCCGAUAAUAUGGGUGGGCUGCACAGGGUGAGAGCUCUGAGUCCCCACCCCCACCCCCCGCCAUGAAUUCUGGCCAGCUCAUCCCCGCAUCAGCUCCUGCUGGGCUGGCCCAAAUGCAGUAGGCAGUGCCAUGGGAGCCAUUUAGCAUAACUAUGAUGGUUUAUAAAAUGAGUGUCCAUUUGAGUAAAUAAUAAGUUAAAUAAAGACUAGGUGUUCCUUAAGGGCUUCAUCCUGUUGGCAGAUCUCACUGUGCUCACUCUACAAUGGUGUUGCACUCACAGUAACUCCCAGCCUUCUUUAAAUGCCUUCUUGGAAGUUGCUGAAGGGUAGUCCCACUACCUAGCAGUGGCUGACAGAGUCGGCUUCUAAAAAUGAAGUAAUGGAGAGAGAGUAAGUUGUCCUCUGCUUGAUGAGCACCUGGUCUUGUUCAAUAACAAGAGCAGCUAAUGUUUCCUGGGUGCUUGCUUUGCACCAGCCACCCUUUCAGGGUGCUAAUCCAUUGCAUCCUUGUCACAAUCUUAUAAGGCAGACGCUCUUAUGAGCCCAGUUAAACAGCUGUGGGGACUGCGGCUUAGCACAGUUGGGUGACUCGCCACGGGCUGGUGGCAUUGGAAAGUGGUCCAGCUGGGUUGCAAGCUCAGACUCUGGAGUUCUGAACUCCUACCAAUGAUGCCCUCCCAGCUCUUGAUCAAUGGGCAUCUGAUGAACGACACAUUUUUCCUGAAAGAAAAGGUGACAGAAAGAA